GCUAAACCAUUAUACGACCUUGUUACACAAGCAGCAAUAACAGACCCGUGCCAUGAUCAAGAGAAAGGUAACAAAAACACCAGAAAGAAAGGUCAAGUGCCAUCGUCAUUCAAAAUCGCGUGGACUGAGAUACAUCAGACUGUGUUAGAGAAACUCAUUGAUCAUCUGAUAACACCUCCGGUUAUGGCAUAUCCAGAUUAUCAAAAACCCUACAUCGUGCACACUGAUGCCUCGAAAGACGGUCUAGGUGCUGUCUUAUACCAGGAACAGGAAGAGACAAUGCGAGUCAUUGCGUACGCCUCUCGGAGUCUGACGAAUGCAGAAAAGAACUAUCACCUCCACGCAGGAAAAUUAGAAUUUCUGGCACUCAAAUGGGCAAUCACCGACCACUUCCGUGAUUAUUUAUAUUACGCGCCUGAAUUUACGGUUUAUACCGAUAACAAUCCAUUAACAUACGUUUUAACAUCUGCACGACUUAAUGCCACAGGCUUAAGAUGGAUUGGAGAACUGGCCGACUUUAAGUUCAACAUCCGUUAUCGUCCAGGAAAACUCAAUGGAGACGCCGAUGCAUUGUCCAGAAUGCCUAUGAAUAUUGACGAUUAUAUGAAAACAUGCAGUGAAGAGGUUAAUCGCGACGCUUUCCAAGCGACUGUUUGUGGAGCAAAAGUACAGGUCGAACAGUUUCAAACACCUUUGCUCUUUCCUCCUGAGAUUACUCGAGCGGAUGUUAGUUUAAACCAAGCAUCUAUAAAUUUGAAGACAGCACAGAAUGACGACGCAGAUAUUGACCGCGUCAUAACACUUAAAAUAGCGAACACGUAUUUGUCUCCUCAUGAAAGAAAGCAGGAAAGCCACACUGUACAGCAGCUGUUAAGAGAAUGGAAUAAGUUAAAAGUGGGGACUGAUGGAGUUCUGUACCGACUAGCAGGAACAGUCCGUCAAGUUGUACUACCUGGACGUCUACGUCAACAAGUUUAUAAAGAGUUGCAUGAAGAAAUGGGUCAUUUGGGUUCUGAACGCGUCAUUGACUUGGCUCGAGAACGAUUUUUUUGGCCUCACAUGAAACAAGAUAUAACUCACUACGUCACGAAAGUUUGUCAUUGCUUAAAGAGUCGGAAACCCGUAAGAAACCAACGUGAACCAUUACAUCCAAUCGUAACCACCGCACCCUUCCAAAUGGUCUCUAUCGACUACCUUCACCUCGAAACAAGCGUAGGAGGCUAUCAAUACAUCCUGGUUGUUAUGGACCACUUUACGAGGUAUGCUCAAGCUUACGCGACUCGUGACAAAUCAGCCAAGACCGCUGCAGACAAACUCUAUAACGACUUUAUCUUGCGCUAUGGCUUCCCUGAGAGGAUACACCACGACCAAGGUGCUGAGUUCGAGAAUAAACUUUUCUUUAACCUGGAAAAAGUAAGCGGAAUUAAACACUCUCGGACAACCCCUUAUCACCCCGAAGGUAAUGGGCAAGUUGAACGAUUUAAUAGAACGCUCUUGUCAAUGCUUCGGUCCUUGCCAGAAAAAUACAAAAGUCGUUGGCGUGAUCAUCUCCAGAAAGUCGUACAUGCAUUCAAUUGUACCAGAAAUGACGCGACAGGAUACUCCCCAUUCCUCCUACUCUUUGGCAGACCCCCGCGAUUGCCAAUUGACCUUAUGUAUGGUCUGAAACCCCCACCUGGCCAUAGCACUUAUCCUGAAUAUGUCAAGAAAUGGCGAGAAUCGAUGUCCGAAGCAUACCAACUUGCAUCUGAAAAGGCAGAAAAGAACGCUACGAGUGGGAAAGUGCAAUAUGACAAGAAAGCUAAGAGUACGAGUCUACAACCCGGUGAUCGUGUGUUAAUACGAAAUGUGAAAGAAAGGGGUGGUCCCGGCAAGUUACGGUCGUAUUGGGAAGACAAAGUUUACAAAAUCGUGCGUCAGAAAUCAAAUGAGAUUCCCGUGUAUGAAGUCAUUCCUGAGAGUGGCGGGGAGAAGACAAGAGUACUGCAUAGGAACAUGCUAUUUCCAUGUACGUAUCUUCCUGUGGAGAAUCCUAUUGUGAAACCAGCUCAGUUAAAAAAGAAAAAGAAGAGUGAGAAGGAGAAACAGGUCACACAAGAUUAUCUGACAGAUAGUGAAGACGAGUUCGAGAUUGCUACGUUUGCACCUGAAUUAACGCGGACAGACCCAGAGGAUGAAUUCGUGCCAGUGUCGGUUGAAAAUGAAGCCCAGCAGAGUGUUGAGGAAGCUGUACAAGAAGGUGCCACACCAGAAGAACCAGCUCAAGAGAGUCAAGCGGCGACUGGUACCACGGUAGCAGCGGAGGCUGAGACACAAGUUGAUUCACACCCAGUUAGUUCACAACGAGUACGACGACCACCAACCAGACUGGGAUAUGGCAAUUUGGGCCAACCAACGGAACAUUGGACCAGUAUUAACGCGGUCCAUGCACCUGCCACAAACAACAUGUAUCUACACCAAUACCCUGUGCUCCCGACACCUCCAAUACCGUUCUUUCCCCCAAUACUUCCUAUGUCAUUACCUGUAUUUCCAUUAUAUUGGUCAAGUUGGCAAGGACCAAUUAUGCCAUCAAACAUAUGGUGUUAG